AUGUCAAACCAACUUAUCUCGAGUUAUGAUGAUUUGCAAUUAGGUAGAAACGACGACUUCUACGACAACCCUCUAGACUUCACAAACUUCAAUUCGGGUGAUUUUGAACAAUUCGACAACGAUCCAUGUUCAGAAUUUCUCAAUUUCUUCAACGAUAAGCCGAGCUCGGAAUCACAGCAAGAUACUUACAACAUCCCACCCGUGAUUACCGAUGCAUCACCGUCUAUAUUUCCUUUUGAAACACUUCCAAAUGCAGACGUCGAUGAUCGCCAAGAUAUGGGCUCUGGCUCUAGCCGCCCACGUGAUGAGCCUUGUUACGCGCAAUCAUAUGCUAGAACUCCUGCCUUGGACAACAGCUCAGUUCGAGCUGACAACAUUAAGCGGCAUAUCAGCAGACGACACGCAGGACAAGACAUUCAAGUUUUACGAAUGGAAACCAAUGGCUUUACGGACGAGGUUCAGGCUAGCCCUCUUAUGCCGUGCCAUGAACAGACACAAUGGCAACAAUCCGAAUCGCCACAGCGCUAUGGAUAUUCUAACCUUUCGCAGCAGCAAGCACAAGCUUUGCGAGAGCAGAUAGCGUACGAACAAUCAAAUUUUCCACAGUUCCCGACAAACCCCUACAUCAUUUCUUCGGACAGACAAGGCAUACGAAACAGAUUCCCUUCAAGAAGAUUAACCAAAAAGCUAGCACCAUUCCGUUUUAUCAAUAGCGUAAGUCCAGUGAGAAACGUAUUUAAAUCGCCGGCCAUCAUAACGAGAAUGGGCGAACUCGAUUUUGAUAAGAUGUUACGCAGCAUCGAGCCUGGAAAAUCUCCAACCUCUAUGGUCACCAACAUGGGCACAUCUAGUGACUCCGAAGAAGUCUCUGGCCCGAAGCGAAGCAUGAUUCGAUGCGGGCUCAAAUCAUUCAGCAAAACCACGAGACGAAACAAGUCAUACGCCAAAGAACGGCUUCGGGAAGCCGAAAUUACGAUAAACAAAUCGAUACCGACCGCUCUUGGAAUUGGAAAUAUGGAGACAGCUGAAGAUGCUUUCUGGGAGAUGUUGAUAUCAAAAAUCAAUGGGUAUCUGAGUGAACGUGAAAAAGUGAACCAAGUUGAGAUAUUUACAUUCUUCUCUGAGCAGGUCAACCAAGUUAUCGAUCUAAAGAGUUUAUCGCCAUUAUCGGCUUCUAUUGACCAUGCGUAUGGUAUCACUGGUUGUUUAUCUCCAUAUUUGGGCUGGUAA